AUGCAUCUAAUCCUUCAUCCAAAGACUCUCAUCCUGCUGCUAGCUGUGCUGGUCACAAUUGUAUGCAUCUCGAUCAGGCGCUUCCUCGCCCGGCGCCAGUUCGCACGCCAGCACGGUUGCCAGCCAGUAGCAAGGUCCCUCAACAAGGAUCCCUUCCUAGGCCUCGAUACUAUCCCCGAGACUCUCCGCGCGGCAAGUCAGCACCGAAUCCUCGAAAGGAGUGUCGAGCUCUUCCGUCUCUACGGCAACACCUUUACCGUAAAGGAACUACACAAAUAUGCCAUCCUGACCAUAGAGCCGGAGAACAUCAAAACAAUCCUAUCAUUGAACUUCAAAGAUUACGGCCUCAGCCAUCGGCUUCAACCGUUCAAGCCACUCCUAGGCGAAGGCAUCUUCGACACCGAUGGCGCACACUGGGCUUCGUCGCGGGCCUUGAUCCGGCCCAGCUUUACUCGCGGCCAAGUAGCCGACUUGACGGCGCUGGAGGACUUGAUGCAGGACCUCUUCGCGUUGCUUCCACGGGAUGGGCAGACGGUCGUGGACCUGCAGGAGCUGUUCUUCCGGUACACGAUCGAUUCCGCGACCGAGUUCCUGUUCGGGCAGUCAGUCGGGACGUUGAGGAAGACUCCGUCGGAGCUGGGCUUUGCGCAGGCUUUUCAUUACGCCCAGAAGGCGAUCAUCACGCGAGGCAUGCUGGGCCCGCUGGCCGUAUUCUAUCGCGAUCGAAAGGCAGACGAGUGCAAUCGCGUCUGCAGGGCGUUUGUCCAGCGGUUCGUCGACGACGCAUUCCGCGCGGCCGAGAACAAUGGAGAGAAGACGCCGGAUGGGACGAAGCGCCAGAAACGGAUUUUCUCGCAUGAACUGGCCGCGCGGACAUCCGAUAAGCGUCGCGUUCUGGAUGAGCUGAUGAACGUGUUGGUAGCCGGUCGUGAUACGACGGCCAGUCUACUCGGCAAUCUGUUCUUCGUGCUGGCGAAGAAGCCAGAGAUUUGGGAGAAGUUGCGCGCUGAAGUAGCUUGCUUACAGGGCCGGACCCCAACUUAUGACGAGCUCCGCAGCCUGCGAUAUGUCCAGUGCUGUGUAAAUGAAUCACUCCGUCUACACCCUGUUGUCCCGCGCAACGAACGCCAGGCAGUCCGCGAUACCGUCCUCCCACUCGGAGGAGGCAGUGAUGGUCUCUCGCCUGUCUUCGUGCCCAAGGGCACGAUAGUGUCCUACAACGUGUACGUGAUGCAUCGGCGGCCGGGCUUGUACGGCCCAGACGCGGAGGAAUUCCGUCCUGAGCGCUGGGAGGAUGGAAAACUGCAGCCGCGCUGGGGUUAUCUGCCGUUCAAUGGCGGCCCGCGCAUCUGCAUUGGGCAGCGAUAUGCCUUGACCGAAGUCAGCUAUGUUCUUGUUCGGAUGGCGCAGGAGUUCCGAGUCCUAGAGAGUCGGGAUCCGGGACCGUGGGAGGAGUCGCUAGCUUUGACGCUGUGCUCCCGGAACGGGACGAGGGUGUGUCUUGUUUCUGGUUGA